CGGUGUGUUGUUCGCCGGUAUAUCGCGUGUUUUGAAUUUUCGCUUAAAUCCAUUGGAGGUUAUAAUUCAACAGUGAGUUUGUUAAUAAUGCUCGAGUGUCAACGAUCCGAAUAAGUUUUCAAGUUAUUUUUGUAACGUGGAUAGGACCUGUUUUUUUUCAAUCAAGAAUAACAUUUUUGCCACAAUGGAACCAACGGGAGUGCAGAAGAAAAAAGACUUCUUAGAUAUAAUGUUUCAAAGAAUAUACUUUGCAUUGUUCGCCACUGUCAUAGUACAUUUUGCAUUUAUAAGCGGCGCCAUUCUUUUUAUGAAAAUAAAGAUAACUCAGCCACUGGAAUGGAUACAAAUUACCUGGAACGUCGUCACGUGCUCGCAAAUGUGGACAGGCUUCAUUGUAUUUGGAUUUAUAGUAGUUCUCCUAGCAAUAUUAAUAAGCAAAGACUACAUUCGACCAGCUGUGUAUGCACCUAGUAGAUUUGUCAAAUUUUGUCACAUGUUCAAGUGGCACAAUCUCAUGGUGGGUUGUGUUUAUAUGAUAUUAGGAGCAGUUUUAGUUUGGCUGCAUGUAUCAGUAGAAGGUGGUAAAUUUGGUUCGAUGUCAAGGGAAUGCCAGAAAAUUAAAAAUAUCUGCCUCGUUGAAGAACAUUUAUUCUUACGUCUUCAUGGAUUUUGGAUUGGACUGUAUUUCUUUGUUAACUCUAGUUAUAUAGGAAACAGAAAUUUGCAGUUUCCGAUUAUUCCACAGGCAAAAUUAUCUCAACUUAGACUAGGCCUUAGAGCAGUAAUUAACAGCACUUUAUAUGAUGCUAUUUGGCCCGUAACAUAUUUCAUGGGAUUUUAUGCAAUAUUUGGAAGUUAUUUCAGAAACUUUAUUUUAUCACUAUUUUCAUUGGCUAUUGAUGAGGUGCCUUUGGAUACAUUAUCUAGACUGAUGAACUCCUCUCUGAUAUUUUAUGCAUAUUUGCACACAGUACUUUUUGUUGUUAUAAUUCAAAGUAUGCAUUUAUUAUUUCAAGCAUAUCUCACAGAAUGGGUUUUGUUUGAUAUUGAACAAUCUCCAAUGAGUGAUAUUACUUUAGAUAGCACACUAACUAGUGAAAUAUCAAUAAUUAGAAACCUUGGGUACUUAGAUCUAUUUAAUGUAGCUCUGAAAGAUAAGAUUAGAAGAUCAAUGCUAUUUACUUUAAGUCAACCUGGUGGACAUCCCUACAACUGGAAUAAUGUCAUUGGAAAGUGUCUAGCCCACUUGAAACACUUCAAUGAGGAGUUAAAUCUUACUUGUGGAACUCAAAAAGACCAACCUUCAGUUGUAACUAAGAUUCCAUCAACAUUAGAUUCUCAGCUGCUAGAAAAACCACAUAUCUACCACAUGAGAAGUCUUGUUACACCAAUGACUACUGCUGAAACACUGAAUGAAGAAUUAAAAAAUAAACAACCUCCCACGGAUAAUUUCUUAGUGAAAUUUUAUAAGAAUACUAGACAAAAUUUCAUUAACUACCUUUUGUCAAAAAAACCAAUCGGAUACAUUUUUGGCGAGCAGUUUGAAAGUAAAUUGAGGCACACAUUGAGAGAAACAUAUUCAGUCACAUGCGCCUCCGAUGCCAUUUCAAGUCUAGCUGCAUUUUCUUUAGAAGAGGAUCCCUACGGUAUCGUUCAAAAAGAUUUGCCAGACAUAAUAGAAACACUUUUGAAAUUGAAACAAACAAUUGAUAAGAUACAAAAGAUGAACGUGUCCAUCAGAAAACCAUUGAGCGACGAUCGAUUUUUGAAACAAUCUUUGACUGCACUUCGCUCGGCUACCAGGCGAAGUCUUUACAGAAUCACCGCCCAUUUCAAAGACUACAUGAGUGACCUAUCUUUAUCGCCAGGGAUUGUCGAUCAAUUACAAACACUUUUCACGUACAGAGAAUAAUUUCGCGGCUUUAUAGUUAAAUAAAAAAAUUGGAUUUUUUUUCCUUAAUUUAACUAAUCAUUUUCAUUCAUAAUUAGUAUAUAAGUGUUAAAUAAAAGAUAAAAUAAUUUCAAGUACGUUACUCUAAUGAUGCUUUAAAAUAGUGUUCGAUGUACAAAGUGUUUUGCUCUCACAGUGACAUUAGCGAUAAAACACAAUCAGCGUGAAAAAUGUGUUGACAGCGUUUUUCGUUCAAUCGUGUUAUUCAUAAUCAAAAUAUAGUUCGUACGCUACGAUAAUGAACGAAUCUUUAUAAUAAUGUUACGAUGUUACUCGAUAUCUUUUGUAUAUUUUUUCGGUAAUAAAAUUGUCCUGAAAGGUCAUUAAUUCCA